CAUACUGUUGGUAACCUCUGCGUUCUCCGGCCGGCGAGCUUUACGUCAGCCCUCCGUCCUUCCGUCCUGAACGUUUUGUGCUUGUUUGAUCGGCUGAGGCUGCUUUCGCACCGAUGGAGGCUACGAUGGCUGCGGGUCCGGCGACCACCGCCACCAACACGGUUACCAGCAGCGACGGGAUCCUCAUCGGCGACAAGGUUUACUCCGAGGUCUUUCUGACCAUCGACAACUCGCUGAUCCCUGAGGAGAAGCUCUCGCCGACCCCGUCCAUGCUGGACGGCCUGGACCUGCACACCGAGACCGACCUCCGCAUCCUGGGCUGCGAGCUGAUCCAGUCCGCAGGGAUCCUGCUGCGUCUGCCGCAGGUGGCCAUGGCGACCGGACAAGUCCUGUUUCAUCGGUUUUUCUACUCCAAGUCGUUCGUGAAGCACAGUUUCGAGAUCGUCGCCAUGGCCUGUAUCAAUCUGGCUUCAAAAAUCGAAGAAGCCCCACGACGCAUAAGGGACGUCAUCAACGUCUUUCAUCACUUAAGACAGAUCAGAGGCAAAAGGAGUUCAAGCCCAUUGAUACUUGAUCAGAACUACAUAAACACGAAAAACCAGGUGAUCAAAGCUGAGCGGCGCGUGUUGAAGGAGUUGGGUUUCUGCGUCCACGUCAAACACCCGCACAAGAUCAUCGUCAUGUACCUGCAGGUCCUUGACUGCGAGAAGAAUCAAACGUUGGUCCAGACAGCCUGGGUAGUCCAUGAUGGUAAGUGUCAUAAAGAACCUCUGAACUCUGCUCCUCCAACCACAUGACCCCAGGAAUCUCCCCCCCAUUGGCUGCCCGUCUCGAGACGGCCAAUCCAGUGAGCGCUCUCUGCCCGAGAAUCACUGAAGGGGGGCCUUUUCCAUCUGGCAACAUCAUCUUGUUUUCUUGGGGUUGUCCAAAAGGAUUUGUAUUUUUUUGUUUUUGUUUUUUUGUUCCAAGUGUUUUUUUUAUUUUUAUUUUUUUUAAUUAUUAUUUUGAAGGUAGUUUUAGAACGAAAGCACAUUUAUUUCAACAGUUUACCACUAAAGCAAGUAGGUAUUACAAAAGUACAAAGUGUUUUUUUCCUCUACUUGUCUGUUCACACUGAUGUGGUUUCUAGAAAUGUCUUCCAGGGAUCGCCAUCCUGCUCAGGCUUUGCCUCCAAGGAUCCUUUUGGCUAUUCCCUUUUCUGUAUUUCUCAGUUCUGAAUGACGUCUCAUGUACAAGUAGCCAGACGCUAGCUUUGAGUACAAGUUCAGGAGUAAACAUGCGUUAGUGUAGUGUCACACGUCUUUUUGUGAACCAAUGAAUUGUCGCCACAUGGUUGUGAGAUGUUGUUAGGCUUAAGUUAAAACUGCUUCAUCGUCCAUCUCUCCCAUGACCCAUCUGUCUUUGUGUGUUCAGACUGCAUAGACGCCCAUCUCUGGUAAUCAUAGAGCUCAUGUCUACCCAUUCAGUCUGUCUGUCUUUCUGUCUGGUAGUCAGAACCUCACUGUCUGACGCAGUCUUGUACUGCUUGAGACGUAGUUCGUCCUCUUGGCUCUCGUUUUCCCAACCCACAGCGCAUGCUGCUAUCGAAAUGCAUGCCAUCAUUCAGCCCGGGUACCCUGCAGCCACCCGUUCCCCAAACCCCCCCCCCAUUUUACUUCCUGAACCUCGUCAUUUGCUUUUUCCCAGCGGAAAGUCAGUCCAUAGUCGCAGGUGACGCAGCCUCUUGUUUUGCAGGCAUAAAUGGAUGGGAUUUAAAGCCUGCGUUGUAGCUUAUGGUUAAAUUGUCAGUUCUGUUUUGCAUGCACACACAGUGGUUAUAGUUCUUUAAUUUUUAUUUUUAUUAUUUUAAGUUUCUUGCAUGCAAAGGUGUAAUAAAUCCCAAGUUUUUUCUUUCUUGUCCCCUUUUCUUGAUGGCCCACAUGAGCUUGUACAUGUUCAGGACUCCAGCGAACCAUUCCAACAUGAACGCACUCUCCAUUUGUUCUGCAUGUCUGUGUAUACACGGCAAAUGUGGAGGCAUCCAGGAGUGAAAGAAAGGAGUGAGAGAGAGGGAGGGAACGGACAAAGCUAAACAUGAGUCUCCUUAAAAAAUCAUC